AUGGUGUUGAAACAUCGGUUUAGAUUAUCAAACAUGAUCCCGAAUGGAUGGUUUUACAAGCUCAAAGACAUGAGCAAAUCUAGACCUACCACACUUCAUCGCCAUCAACAACAUUCAUCUAAGGAAAAGCCUUCAGCAGCAGCAGCCACAAGGGCUCCACAGCUGCCAAGGUACUCCUACUUGUCAGCGAAACCGGCCAGAGCUACGAACCAACAUCAUUAUCAUCAUCAUAAGCUGUACAAUUCACCUGUGAACCACAAGGCAUCAGACACUCAGCACCAUGCACCAAAGUCUAAUUAA